AGAGUCUUUCUUACUUGUCUAGGUGGAGUGAGUCUGAGACCAGUGGAUGAACAGACGGAAGCUGAAAGAUCCCAAAAAAGGAUGCAGGAGAGGACCUCUCGGAACUGGAGCCAGGGCCACUGGCUGCUGGCACUUUACCUGGCCUGGCUGUGGACCCCCCUCGCCUCAGCUUCCUUGCAGCCGCCCACUCCCACAGUCCUUGCGAAGCAGGGCACCUGCCAGGUGAUUGCGGCUCAUCGCUGCUGCACCCGCAACCGCAUCGAGGAGCGCUCCCAGACCAUCAAGUGCUCUUGCUUCCCUGGCCAGGUGGCCGGGACCACGCGGGCAGAGCCCUCCUGUGUGGACGCCUCCAUCGUCCUACAGAGGUGGUGGUGCCAGAUGGAGCCCUGCCUGCCCGGGGAGGCGUGUAAAGUGCUCCCGGACCUGUCCGGAUGGAGCUGCAGCAGCGGACACAGAGUCAGAACCACCAAGGUCACACGAUAGCCCUUGGGGUCACGGCCUGGACAAGACAGCUUGACUGAGCCAUGGAC